UAUGCGCACACAUCAAGAAAAUGGAAAUGCAAACAUCAAUCAAGUUCUGUGAAACUUGAAAAUGCCGUGUUACACUAGUUAGGCGUACAUUUGGGUACGAUGUUCUACUUCUACAUUUCUAUACAAGAAUAAACAUUUCACCAUGACAAUAAAAGAAGCAGAACGCAGUUGUUGACAAACCAGCAAUUUCCAAAUGACAGAUUACGUUAACUGUCGGAUGUCUUAACGUCCCCUUAACAACACUCCUUUGACUGUCUUCUAAAAAACGCUCUUUAAAACUCCCGAAACUACAAAAACCACAAUGCACCACGGAUCUAACCUAGACUUCAGUUUUGAGCAACAAAAAGCGGUAGGCGUUUCUACGGAGGAGGAGAAUAGUAUUGUACAGCGGGAGAGGGAGGCAGGAGAUCUCCCUAUACCGCGACAGGCAGGCGAGCAGGUACCGAAAACCGCUGACACGUUAUUUCACCGGUACAUCUCUUAAUAUUGAAUUCUGAUGGCAGUCGAGGACCGACGGAAACCGGUGCUGGAGGCAAUGUCGGAAGUCAGCUUACCACCUACUACUCACUGCAACAGCAACAACAACAAUAACAACAAUAAUAAUAAUAAUAAUAACAACAAUAACAGCCAAGACGAGGGAAGCGAGAACCCGGCUACAACAUCCCCGACCAGCAGCGAUCCGAACGCCGCCGAGACUCAGACUGCGGUGCAGAGGGUCGGGAUCGCCACCGCGGCUGGCAACAAUGGCAAAUGGGUCCGCCUGAACGUCGGCGGUACAGUGUUCCUCACGACGCGGCAAACUCUGCUGAAGGAGCAGACCUCGUUUCUGUACCGUCUUUGCCAGCAGCAGGACCUGCACUCGGAUACGGAUGAGACCGGCGCUUAUGUGAUAGACCGAGACCCGACCUACUUCGGCCCCAUUCUCAACUACCUGCGACAUGGCAAGCUGGUCUACAACAAGGAGCUGGCUGAGGAAGGUGUCCUGGAGGAGGCGGAGUUCUAUAACAUCACGCCGCUGAUCAAGCUGAUCAAGGAGAGGAUCUUGGAGCGCGACUGCAAGGCGGCGCAGCAGGUGCCCCCCAAGCACGUGUAUCGGGUGCUGCAGUGUCAGGAGGAAGAGCUCACCCAGAUGGUCUCGACCAUGUCGGACGGCUGGAAAUUCGAGCAGAUGGUGAACAUCGGCUCGUCGUACAGCUACGGCACGGAGGACCAGGCUGAGUUCCUGUGCGUGGUGUCCAAGGAGUUGCACACGCCCGGGGGCGGUCUGGGUACCGAGCAGAGCCACAAGACCAAGGUCAGGCAGCGCAUGGAAAUAGGCUCCGCCCCGCACACUCGCACUGCACUGCAUUGCUGGAGCUGCACCAGAGCAUGCUGGGAAUAGAAUGUAGCAGCCAGCCUUUGGAAGUGCAGGAGGAGGAGAAGGAGGAUGGAGCGAGGGAUGAGGCAGAGGGAGCGCAAAAUGCUUCCCCCCGGCGAGUGGAUUAGAGACUAACGGUCUUUGGCGUGGUUUGAGACGAAUGGGUGAGGAACGCUUCUGGGGUGUUCGCUGUGGGCAGGUGCAGGAAUGGUGUCAAGGCUGGCUGCCAGGAUUCCUAAGGCGCUCCGUUCUGCUCCCUAGGAAAAUGAUGAGAGGCAGAUACCCUGGCCUACGCUGGCCACAAACUCCAUAGAUUAAGGAGGAAAUAGAAAUAAUAUUAUACUCAGAGCAGGAAGGUAGCAUUCCCAGCAGUGAUGGGGAACUGGUAUGAAUAACAGUUAUUGUUCUGCUGAUUGCUAAGGCGCUAUUCUUAGAUGGCGGCUGAAGCGGAAUGUUGAGCCCUUUCGCUGGCGAGAGCUCUGAUUGGUCCAUGGCAUUACAUCUGCUCGAGAGGAUGUGAUUCGUCAGAGCGCUUCCUGAAUGAGCGUUUCCAGUUAAUGCCAGUCUAGUGCAGAAAUACUGAUGGCAGUCUUAAAAAGCUCCAUGUUUUUGCAAAUGUGUUCGGCAUUUUCAAUACUAAGUGACAUUUGGUGAAUCGGGUGGACAAGCAAGCAGAGUGGAGUUUGCUACUCAUACGGAGAUUAAGGAGAUGAGAUUAGCCAAUAGAGGCCGGAUCUUUGACAUUGACGCAGUACGUAAACACCACCGGUGUUGUGAAUUAGCAGGCCUCUCUAAUUCUUUUCCCAUUUCUCCAUCAGCUUGAAUUCACCAUGUCUUUGCAGUCAUUGCACCCUAAAAAAUUCAUACUGGUGGCAAAUGAGAAUAUUUUGUGUUGAGUUAUAGCGCAGAGUUUUCAGGUAGUAAUUAGAUAAAUGGAAUUCAUUUAAUCAGUGGCCCCCACCCCCUUAACC